AUGUCACUCGAAGAGCUCUUCAACGUCAGGCGAGCCGCCGCAAAGGCUCGCCGAUUCGGUGGUGCGGAGGAGGACGAAAGGGCUGCCCAGCACAAUCAUGGAUACUCUGCAGCAGACCGAACUGAUGCCGUUGUGGUUUGCGCUUUGUGAGUCGCGACCUCUUCCGCGUCGCCUUCCUGUCGCCGUGCGCCGCGCUUAUCCAUCGGUGCCUGCUCCCCCUCUGACCCGACCGACGUAGCUGCUCAAAGCAAAAUUCGGCAUACACAUGUCCUCAGUGCAACGCUCGGUACUGCAGCCUGGCAUGCUUUCGCUCACCGCAGCACGACAGAUGUUCCAAGCCUUUUGUGGAUCGCGUGCUGCGAGAGGAGCUGGGAGAAGAAGGUGUUGCAGGCGCACCUGGCUUCAAAGCGACGGAUGCAGAGCGUACGGAGGUGAUGGAGCUUCUCAGAAGGUUUCGACAACAGCGAAUCGAGGAUGUGCCCGGAGUCCAUGCUGAUGACGCAUCGGAUGAAGACUGCGAUAAUGGUGAUGCGUCUCUACAGCUACCCACCGAUUUUGAUCCCGGUGAGCAAAUAGCUUCCCGAGCACGCGCAUGUAUGCUUCAUUUGCUCACAUUUCCAAUUUUUUGCGCUGGCUGGCAGAGAGCGCGGAUACUGCACAGAUCAUAUCGGCACUGUCACAUACACAGCGCGACGCGUUCCUUGCUUUUGCCCUUCAAGAUCACAGACGCGCGCGCAAUGUCGAGGAGGACGGACCGUGGUGGACUGCGUCGUCGUCAAAGCGAAGGCUGCCAAGUCGGAAAAGCAAAGAAUUUGGUAAUGAGGCGAGCAGAUUGAGACCGCCAAUGGAAGCCGCAUCGCUGCGCUACAACCUGCUGGCUGUACUCUUGGUAUACGCCCACCUCAUUCGACACUUGGACGUCUCCGCACUUCAGGAAGUGAUGCUCUUUGAUGAUAAAAAGAGAUCUCAGCAAGCAUCCGAGACACCGAAUACGGGGGCUCACGGGACUGUUCCGACGGAAGGGGAGCAAGAGUACGCUGGUAUGCCACCUCUCGAGGAUGUGCCUGACACAGGAGGCCAGUUGCUCGCAGCCGUGCCCGAGCGGCCUACCGAGCCAUAUCAAGGACCAAAAGUUGAGAGCGGUGUUCGAAGCCCCGUCCCGGCGAUGAGCCGCCCUGAAAAAGACUUGAAACAUGAUGCGCUGUCAUCGAUCAUGGCACAAGAAGCGGCGACACAGAAGAGCGUGGCAAGGGACAUUGCGGCGCGCGCACUGCCAUUCGUAAACGCAGUCAAGGGCGAACAGUCUAGGACGCAAUUUGCGAGCGUCGAAGAGGUGGCCUUUGAUGUCUUGAGUCGGCUUGGGAGGCAUUGGCGUGAAUCAGCAGCACAGAUGCUCGCGCUCCUUCAAGACGCCCUUCAUUUGAUUUUUCCAGCUGUAGAAGAGGAGACUGGAUCGUCGAUGUGGGAGCUCGCACUCUCGGACCUUGCGCUGGUCCUUUCGCAGCACGGCAGGAAGAAGAUGGUCUUUUACGCGGCAAUGUGGCGGACCGCAGUUACAGACAAGAUCAAACAAGGUUUUAAAGAAGAGAUCAAAUCCCAUUGCGAAAUACUGCAGGAAGAAUUGAAUCGCGCGGUAGAGGAGGAAAGGCUGGAUGCGGUGAGGGAGAGAGAGGAGAAUGCUGCGAACAUGCUGAGCGACCGCCGUGUACCAGCUGCAAAUAGCAGAAUUCGGGAAAUGCCAUAG